UCGGAGCAAUGCCCACCCCCGCUUCUGGGAUAAAUAGAGCGGUUUGGAUGGCAUCCGCGACGGGCAUUUCGUUUUCCCCAUGGCAGGCUGAGAAGAGCAAGGGGGAAAGGGGGACCAAGAGUGAAUGAAGCCCCCUUUCACAGCAAGCGAGCGCCUCCCUCUGCUGUCUGACCCGGGAAAAGAAGCGCACCGACGUCUGGCUUCCUGGAGCCUUCGGGAUUGAAGCCCUCUCGCCCCCUCGGGGUUCUUUAAAGCCAGGCGCUGAGCGCGAGGGUGGGCAAUCCGGCGCCCUUCCUUUCUUCUCUCUCUUCCUCCCUCUCUCCCUCCGUCCAGCCUCUGUGGAGUCAUUCUUCCGCCGCCUGCUCCCAUGGAUGUGCUAGGCCACAUGGAGAUCACCGACGGCUCGCUCUGCUCCUUCUCGGCCGCCGAUGACUUCUACGACGACCCCUGCUUCAACACAUCGGACAUGCACUUCUUCGAAGACUUGGACCCCCGGCUGGUGCACGUGGGGGGCCUGCUGAAGGCCGACGAGCACAGCCACCACCACGGCCACGAGGACGAGCACAUCCGCGCGCCCAGCGGGCACCACCAGGCGGGCCGCUGCCUGCUGUGGGCAUGCAAGGCGUGCAAGAGGAAGACCACCAACGCCGACCGUCGCAAGGCGGCCACCAUGCGAGAGAGGAGGCGGCUCAGCAAGGUCAACGAGGCCUUCGAGACACUCAAGCGCUGCACGUCCACGAACCCCAACCAGCGCCUGCCCAAAGUGGAGAUCCUGCGCAACGCCAUCCGCUACAUCGAGAGCCUCCAGGCGCUGCUGCGCGAGCAAGAGGACGCCUACUACCCGGUGCUGGAGCACUACAGCGGCGACUCCGACGCCUCCAGCCCCCGAUCCAAUUGCUCCGACGGCAUGCUGGAUUACAGUGGACCCCCUUGCAGCUCCCGCAGAAGGAAUAGUUAUGACAGUAGCUACUAUACAGAAACACUAAAUGAUUCAAAGCAAGGGAAGAGUUCGGUCAUUUCCAGCCUAGAUUGCUUGUCGAGCAUCGUGGAGAGGAUUUCGACAGACAGCGCUGCCUGUGCCAGCCUGUCCACGGUUGAAAGUGGAACCGAGGGGAGCCCCUGCUCACUCCAGGAAGGGGCUAGCCUGAGUGACCCUGGAGCCCAAAUCUCCUCCCCAGCUACCUGUACCCCUCUCCCUCAGGACAAUGUCAGCAGCAGCAGCAACAACAACAACCCUAUCUACCAAGUGCUAUAAAGCCAUGGGGGACAGAAACUGCCAACAGGAGUGGAUCUCAGCCGAUACACUUAAGCCUGCCUUCCGAAGAUCGGAAAAGACAAUACUUGUGGGUUUUUGGUUUUCCUUACCAGUUUUAAUAUGUAUCUAAUGAUUCCAAGCUUGCAUUACUUCAAAAUACACUUAUUUAUUGGUUAUAAACAAAAGCUAUUUGUAUAUAGAAGAACUUUAGAAGUGCAUACCAUGAAAUGGCUAAUGUUGAAUCUGUGCUUUAAAAGAAGGUAUCCUUAAGUUUGAGGGUCGUCUCAGAUCCUAUGAGGAAUAAUCCUGCACAAAGGUUGCUUAACUACCACUGGUUUCAGUCUGACUUGGCCUACAAGCCUAUGCCCACUGACAUGGGGUUAGGCCCAUGUAAGUAACUCAGUGGGACUUACUUCUGAGGAGGCAUGCAUAGGAUUGCACUGUUAAGCAACCUAAGGCUGCACUCUUCUUAUACACACUUGCCUGGGAGUAAGCCUCAUUGGAAUCAGUGGGACCUAAUUCCGAGUAGACACAUUACAGAAUUGCAGCCUUUCUUUCUCCUCAGAAACCUAGACAUCCACGUAUAUUAUUAUUAUUUUUAAAAAGGUUGUGGACCAUUUUUUAAAAUACUUAUUUUGUAUACUUGUAAAUAAGAGUUGCUUUGCAAAAAAAGAGAAAAGAUUCCAACCAAACAACCCCCCAAAAUUUACGUAUUUAAUGUUGCUUGGUUUGUCGUGCCAAACUUUAACUUUAUAUAUUUAUACAAUGUGGAUGCUGAGAAUGUUUUCAACAGUAUUCUAAAUAAAGAACCUUAUUUAUAAAACUGCUGGAGUUAUUCUGCCUUUGGUUAGGGAAUUUCCUUUUUAUUUUUUAGGUUUCCAGUUUUACAAUUACAUUAUUUUCCAUUCUUAUACAAUAAUUAUUUUAGACUUCCCACCCAGCAUUCCAUAACAGUUCUUUGUACAUCUUGUUUAGUUGCAUAUACAUUAAUUCCUUCACCUUAUUUCCCACAUUAUCAUAACCUUAAUAUUGUCAACUGUUGGUCACAAGGUAUCCAUUACCUGAAAUUUAUACAGUGGUAUCUUGGUUUACAACCACAAUCCGUUCCAGAGGUCUGGUUGUAAACCAAAACAGGUUGUAACCCAAGGCGCGCUUUCGCCAGUGGAGCCUCCCCCCCAAAAUUUGUUGUAAUCCCCCCAAAGGGUUGUAAUCCAAAGAAAGGGACACACGCUUCAGGGUUUGAUGUGGUUGUAAUCCAAAACGGUUGUAAUCCAAAGUGGUUGCAAACCAAGGUACCACUGUAUUUGAGAUCAAAUUUUUGUAAAUACUCCCCUAGAUACUCCCACUCACUCCUCUUCUGUUUCUUAUUUUAGAUGUCAUACUUGCAAGCUCUGCAUAUUCAAUUAAUUUAUUUAACAAUUGUUCUUUUCCUGGAGUCUCUCUUUGUUUAAACCAAUAUCUUGUGCAUACUAUCCUCGCAGCUGUUGUUGCAUAUAAAAAUAAGUUGUGGGCUUUUUUGGUAACUCAUUCCCAAGUACGCCUAGAAGGAAUUCUUCUGGUUUCUUGGGGAAUGUGAGUUAAACUUUUUUACACCAUUUCCCAAAAUUCCUUUGCCCGGUUGCAUUUCCACCAUAAAGGAAUGAAUGCAACCUCUGCAUCUACGCAUUUCCAACAAAGUUUUGCACAUUUUAGCCCGUUUAACCGGUGUCAAAUACCAUCUAUACAUGCAGAGAAGUUCAUUGUCUGAAAAUAUUGAAACCACUCAGGUAUCCAGUUAGAUAUCUCUUGCCUAUCUCUUAGUUUUAUAUUUCCCUCUUUGUAUUCAAUGAGGUCUUUAUACUUUCCCCCAGUCCUAUCCAUACUUAACCUGUUUACUGCAACUGCUUCUACCAGGGAAAUCCAACCGGGAGUCUUUCUUUCUAGGAUAUCUUUGUGUCUCAUCCAGACCUUAUAUAAACUUCUUCUAAUCACAUGAUCAUAAAAAACCCUUGUGAACCUUAGUUUUUUUGUACUAUAGGUACACGUGCUAAAUCAUAAAUCAGAUUGGUCCCUUCUAAAACCAAUAUAUUCACAUCCUUCAGUUCUAUCCAUUCUUUCAUCCAGCUUAGACUGGUUGCUUCAUAGUAAAGUUUCAGAUCUGGGAAAGCAACCCACCCCCUUUGCUUUUCAUCUAUUAAUAUUUUAUUUUUAUUCUUGGUUUUUUCUUUUGCCAUAGGAAGUUUAAUAUAAUAUCAUUUUUCCAUUUUGUAAAGCAGUUGGAGUUGGAUAUUACAGGUCGUGACUGAGACUAAAAUAUCAUUUGGGGGAGGACAUUAAUUUUAAUUACAGAUAUCCUGCCCAGAAAAUACAGGUUCAGUCACUCCCAUUUUUAAAGUCUUUUUUCAUUUCAGACCACACUCUGUUAUAGUUGUCUUGAAAUAAGUUCAGAUUUUCAGAUGCAAUCCAGAGUCCUAAAUAUUUAAUUUUCUUUCCCACUUUGAUUCCUAAGUCAUUUCCCAAUUCUUUCUUUCUUUGGUUUUUUAUAUUCUGAGUUAGCAUUUUCUUUCUGUCUUUAUUAGUAUAAAGUCCUGCCAGGUUGCCAAAUGUUGUAAUAACUUUCAAGGUUGUUGGUAGGCUUUCCGAAGAAUUCUCUACUGUUAUAACUACAUCGUCCGCAAAGGAUUUAAAUUUAUAUAUUCUCUGUCCUAUCCGUAUGUCCUUUAUUCUCUCUUCCUCUCUUAUCUUUCUUGCAAGUACUUCCAAUACCAGAUUAAAUAAUAGUGGAGAUAAGGGGCAUCCUUGUCUAGUACCUUUUUAAAUUUCAAAUUCUGAGAAUGUUUUCAACAGUAUUCUAAAUAAAGAACCUUAUUUAUAAAACUCCUGGAGUUAUUCUGCCUUUGGUUAGGGAAUUUCCCUGUUGCUUCCAGUACAGUGUUAGCAAAUGCACUUCUCAUUUAGUGAAGAAUAUUCACUCUCCCUAUAUAUGAAUAAGGUGAAUUACAGUGCAAUCUUACACCUGUCUACUUUGAAGUAAAUUCAGUCGAGUUCAAUGGGACUUACUCCAAGGUGUAGGAGAUUGUAGAUUGAUUCCAUCCUUCUCUGGUGGAUUAUAUUGGUGGCCAUUGGCUAGGAAAUCAAGGCUGCCAAGUUCUCACUGUGUGUGGCCACACCUAUACACCAUCUUCAAGAUAAUUCAGUCAAAAGGUAGGGUGUCAUAGAAUUGUAGCAUUGCGUGGGAUCCUUGUCCAACCCCCUGGUAUGUAGGAAUCCCAACAAAAGCACCCACAACAGGUGGCCAUUUAUUAAUAAAUUCAUUUAAGACUUUUGAUAAUUCUAUUCUCUAAUGACAUCCUGGGUAACAACCAGGCUGCAUUUCAAUUCAUACAAUGUUUUGCUAAUGGCUAAUCAGAUGUUGCCUUCCAGAUGUUGCUGGACUACAGCUCCCUUCAUCCCUGGCCAAUGGCAUGCUUUUGCCAAAUAUAUGCAUUUUUAUUUUUAUUUUGUAAACAUAGGUUAGUUGGAAAACUGCAUCAGAAAAUUUGGAUUUCAAAGGACGGUUAUGUUUUCGCUUCUCAUAUUGUUUUGCAAAUUUGAUAAAUUCUGAUUUAAAUGCCACCCGAAUGCAAUUUCUCGCCCAUCCCUGCUUCAAAAUGCAGGGCCCCUUUCACGAUGUGCUGCUUUUGUGUGAGUUGGCAUAAAAGUUAACACUGAGGACCUUUUGAAGCAUAUUGGGCUUCUUAUUCAUGAGCAGAUCCUACACAAUAGAGAUGGGGUUCUUUUAAAGUUCUUCAAUACUAUGAGAAUCUUUCCUUUUUUUGUUUUGUUUUGGGUAAUUAUCAAGCUCUGGAGACUUUUUCUAUUGUUGUUUGUGUGCGUUCUGUGUAAAUAAAUAUCUGUCUUUUUGUAUGUAAGAUAAAUGUUUGAGGGUCGCCACAUAUUAUUGUUGUUUUCUUGAUUACUACUUUUUACCAUAGCUACAUGUAACUUUAAAUGUGUGAAGUAUUUUUAACUCCCUCUUCAACUGAAAUAGGCUCCCAUAGUAGCUUACCAUGAUCAGGACUAAGAUGGUCCCUGCCCUUAGGCUUACAAUCCAAAAGGCAUGACACAAAAGGAAAAGGAAUUGGGAGGGAGGAGGAAAACAAGGAAACACAGGCACUCGUUCUUAGUUCAGAGUUCUUUCUUAUCAUUGUUAACAGGGAGGGUAAGCAACAUCUCUGCAAACUCGUCUACUCUAGCCAAUGGAUGGUGCCAGGUUGGUAUCUUCCUUGCCAUGACAUUAUAAUAUAUUUGUACUUUCUUACAAGGAAUUGGACAGAAAUUGCGGCAAAAUUUUGAUUCACCACUUUUGGUUGCCUUUUUUAUUUUACACUAAUGCUUACUGAAAGCAAGUCAAAUUGCAGCAUGUGAAGCUGAAGCCCUGAAACUCUCAGUCAGAAUAUUUGUGCUCGACAAUGAACACCCUGCUCCACAAGUAUUCCCGGAUAUUGAAUUUCAACGAUUUAUUUUAGCAACCUAAGUUUCCACAGCCUGGUUCUAAUGUUACAACAGAGACCACGCAUGCAUUUGACACAUCCCAAAAUAGGCCCAUUAAAACACAUACACAAGGGCUGCUUGCUUCAUUUGUGACACGCACACACACUCAGAGAGAGAGAGAGAGAGAGAGAGAGAGAGAGAGAGAGAGAGAGAAGUAUGUACAAUGUCACCUUUACAAUGCCAGGUAAUUAUUAUAAGGAUAGUCAAAUGGUCAGUCAAAUCACCACAUGGAUCUAUCAGGCAGCUCCAUCUAUCCAACUCCAUCUCAGGCUCUUCCUUCCUCCCAGCUACCAACUGACAUUGAUGAGACAUCAGAGCAAGGGAUGAUUCCAAAGUGCCUAGAACCCAACCCAACUGAGAAUUGUACUUUAAAUGUCAUCCACUGCUUUGGGAACUGGUAACGGUGGAGGAGGGGAAACAACUUCACUGUUCUCUCAGGUAAUGUGAACACACCCUGAAUCUUCUGGAACUAAUAGAAAACCCAUCUAAACCACGAGAGUUGUUAACCUGUUGUUAUUAUUAUUAUUUUUCACACUGAAAGUUGUUUUUAAGCAGCUGUGCCCUUUACCAGUCGCUCCCAGUUUUGCCCCUGCUGCCGCGUGGCAAGAAAGGAGGGAGCAGGCAGGUUGAAUUCAGUCCACGAUAUUUUCAUAAGCGCCCAAAUAAAGUGUUUUAAGCUUAGUACGACAGAUUAGUCAACUUUAGAGGCUGCGGCAACACUCAGAACCUUCCUGGUAACAGAUUUAGCAGCGGGGUUUAUCCUCGCAUUUUUCCCCAAAGGUCAAGAAUGCUGUCAUAUUCUGUAUGAGUAUGAUUGAAGCUCAAACCAGGGUAGUCAUUUACGUAAGCUAAAGCAGAUGAUGUCGGUGUCACUGAAAUGUAGUGUCAGUAGAUAAGCAAAUGAUGAGCAUAGUUAAUGCGGAGUGCUAUUUAGAGUGUACUGUAUCAGAAAACCUGAAAGUCCCUAAAACUAUAAGUACAGCAGGAUCAUCCCCCACCAACCCCACAAAUAGUGAUGACCAUUUACUCAUUUAUUUUGGCAAGUGUUCCACAAAUGAAUUCCGGAGGCAGCGCAGUAGGCAGCUCACUUCACCUCCAUGCUUUGGUGUGGUUUUGCUUCCAAUCUAUGAACUAGGGAACAUCAGGCAUUAGCAGAGGGAGAGCGGGGAACCUGAGUUACUCCAUUGGCUGAGACAGCAGCCCCAUUUGGCUCCUUUUUCCAGUUCAGACUGUCAUUAUAAGUGUUACAAUAAAACUUUAAGAGCUGGAGCCUGUUUGCCUCUUUCAUCUUCAUCUCCUUUUCAUUUUAGGUGUUGUGCCUUUUAGAUAGUAAGCUUAUGAACAGAGACUAUGUUGCUUUUUGUGGAUUAUGAUAAAACCUUUUCAGUUGAAGAGUUAACAAGUAAAAGAACAACUAAUAUGCUGGAGAGGUGGGGGAGAGUAUUGACCCGACUUGGUGACACAGCCAGCCCUUUAAAGCCCUAAACAGCCUCAGCCCACUAUACCCAAAGGAGCAUCUCCACCCCCAUCGUUCAGGCCAGACACUGAAGUCCAGCGCCGAGGGCCUUCUGGCAGUUCCCUCAUUGUGAGAAGUGAGGUUACCAGGCAGAGGGCCUUCUCAGUAGUUGCACCUGCCCUGUGGAACACCCUCCUGUCAGAUGUCAAGGAAAUAAACAACUAUCUGACUUUUAGAAGACAGUCCUGUUUCGGGAAGUUUUUAAUGUUUAAUGUUUUAUCACUUUUUUAUUAUUAGCAUUAUUAAUAUCUGUUGGGAGCCACCCAGAGUGGCUGGGGAAACCCAGCCAGAUGGGAAGGGUAUAAAUAAACUACUACUACGGUACUAUUCUGCUCCCGUCUUCUCUGUGCCACUCUUUGCUCCACAGGCUGGUCAACAUUGUCUGAAGAUUUCUAGUCCAGUGUUACUAUGAACAUCCCAUAAUCACUUCCCAGCCUUAUACAAUGUUUUAAAAAAGUCAACACAAUGCCCCUCUCUUUUCUGGCACACAGAGAUAGAUUGAACACAGAAAAAUUUCAUUAGACUCUAAUGCCUGAAGUGGCCACUUCAUCGUGCUUCAUAGUACAGUUAACCCUGUAAUUUACAUACAGCGGUGGGAGAGAGACCUGUAGCCUUCCAUUUGUUGUUGGGACUCCAACCCCCAUCAGCCACAGCCAGCAUGACCAAUGGUUAGGUAUGAUGCACACUGUUGUCCAACGACACCUAGAGGGCCACCAGUUCCCCAUGGAUGGAGUUAAAGAACCAUUUGUUGAAUAAUCCCACUGGGAAAACAGCUUUCUUGGUUGCCAAAUUUCUCUUCCUAACUCUCAAGCGUUGUAAGAGUAAAAUCGACUGCAUUGAUGCGGGUUUAUCUGUAUAGCCUUUCUUAGUGCUGCCCAUGUUUUAUUUUAGUUUUUAGAUGUCUUAGAUGUUUUAACUUUGUACUGAGAAAUGUAUCUUUUCUGACUGAUGAUCGAAUAAAGAAUGAUGAUGAUGCUGAGAACCAUAUAGGUGUACAUGAUCUCCCUGCCAUAAAACCCUGCCACAUUUUUUUUAUGUCAGGAUCAAUUGUAGGAAUAAUGUCAUGGCCUGGUGGAAUGAAGGGAGUAAGAGAGUGGCAGAUCCUGAACUUCGUCAGCAUUAUGGGUUUAAGGUACAAAAUUCAACAAGCUCAUACAAGAUGGACUCACAGAAGACAGAAGUAUUCAUGCCUUCAACUGAACAGAUGAACAUUUGCAGGGGCUGCCAACUUGGUGACUGCAAUCACAAGGGCCUCCAUUGGUGGCCCUGGGAAGGAGCACCAGACACCGAACUUUCAUUUUUUUGUUUUGUUUUUAAGUACAGUGGUGCCUCGCUUAACGAAUGCCCUGCUUAACAAAAUUUCCGCUUAAUUAAAUGAUUUUUUGAGCGGAGGUUGCCUCGCUAGACGAAUUCAUUUUAUGAAAAAUUCAUCUAGCGAAUCGCGGUUUCCCAUAGGAAUGCAUUGAAAUUCAAUUAAUGCGUUCCUAUGGGGG